AUGGCACUUUCCUUGUUCAGAAUAUUUCGUUUCCUGCGCUCUAUCUUCACGCCUGCAGCGCUCAUUAUAGGCUUCUCAUGUCUGCUCACUUUCAUCUUCGUGCUCUACCAGCCAACACCCGGACCUGGCAGCAUCCAACGCCUCGGCUGGCAGUCUUGGGACAUCAUUAGCGAUGCUCCUGUGUCUGGUGCGAACUCAGACGUCUCGGAGUCUGGUGGUGCAAGCCAGCCCACCACCGGUGGGCAGCCUGAGGGCGUAGAUUGGUGGAAUGUCACCUCGCCGGACGUAUCUUCGAGCUCCGCAAGUCUUCCUCUGGAUGUGUGGGAUCCAUUAUUGCCGCAUGAUACCGGAUUGACUGAGAUUGCAAUUACCCAGUGCUGGAUCGACCCGUGGUAUGCGCCGUCGGUUGCGGGCUCGAUGUGCUAUCCAGGCUCGACGAAGGAGCAAGAUGCGACGAAGGGAAAGUGGGUGCGCGUCGAGCGCAACUUGAAUUCCCAGUCGGGUCUCAUGAGCCUCAACGUGUACUACCGCCGGACUCGCCGCCACGACCUGCCGGUGGUGACGGAGCUGCGCAUCCUCCCUGACCGUGAGACGCCGUCCCCGUUCGGCGCAGACUGGAAUAAAGUGGCGCAUUCUGUGAACCCUUCGGGUCACAAGCUGUACCUGUGGUACAAGAUGUCGAAGACAUUGGCAGAGAUGAGCGCGGAUGAGCGCCAGAACGAGCUGGUGACAGAGAUCGACGUGCUCUUCGGCGAUGAUCAGCCGUGGUAUGGAUUCGAAAAACUCGACAUGCCCGUGUUGGACCACAAGGCGAUCGUUGGGCGCGAAAGCGUGUGGCUGACGUACCGGAGAGGCGUGAAGCCACCCCCGCGAGCGCCGCCGUUGCACUUUUCUCAUGACGGCCGGUUCAAGAUCAUGCAGAUCGCAGACCUGCACUUCUCUGUCGCUCAGGGGACGUGCAGAGACACCGAUCUCUCACCGUGCAGCGGCUCGGACAACCUGACGUCAUCAUUACUCUCGCGCAUGCUCGACAUUGAGCGGCCGGAUUUUGUAGUUUUCACUGGGGACCAGUUGAACGGACAGGGAACUUCAUGGGACGUGAGAUCCGUACUUGCCAAGUUCUCUCGCAGCGUAGCAGAGCGCGGCAUUCCCUGGGCCGCGGUAUUUGGCAAUCACGAUGACGAAGACGGUGACAGCAGGGAGGCGCAGAUCAAGUACAUGCAGGGCCUGCCGUAUAGCCUUGUCGAGGCGGGUCCCAAGGGCAUCCAUGGUGUCGGGAAUUAUGUGCUCAAAGUGAAGAGUGCUGAUCCUUCUAUGAUGCAUCUUCUCACUUUGUACUUCCUUGACUCCGGAUCCUAUUCCAAAGGGUUUCUCAACUGGUUCGGUUUCUUCGUACCGACUGAAUAUGAUUGGAUUCACCAGGACCAAAUUGAUUGGUUCCUCGAGCAAUCAGCUUCCAUUGACCCGAUUGAGCGACCAUUCACACCCGAUAAUGCCAAGGAUAUGGGCGAUAUUUGGGCGCGGCAAGCAGCAGAUCAAUUAACCCCCGACACGAGGAGACUUGCAAAGCCCAACGCACUUAUGUUCUUCCAUAUCCCACUCGAGGAGAGCUACGCAGCGGCUGACGUGAAUCCCGACACUGGUAUCCCGCUUGAUGUUGGUCUACAUGACUUGGAAGGCAAAGGAUCGGCCAAGAAGCAGGACGGUUUCUUCCACAAGGGUUUGUUACAAGCCAUGGAGAGCGAUCAUCGUGCUGGAGGAAACGCACGCGAAGUCAAGGUCGUCGGGAACGGACAUUGUCAUGUCACUGAGAACUGCAGAAGGGUGCAGGGCGUGUGGUUAUGCUUCGGCGGUGGAGGGUCAUAUUCUGGCUAUGGGCGGAUUGGUUUCGAUCGCCGCGUCCGCAUCUACGACAUCUCCGACUACGGCGAGACCAUCCGUACGUACAAGCGUACCGAGCACAACGAAGUCAUCAACGAAAUAGUGCUCGCUGGGCGUGGUUUGCGGAACGGGCCACUACCCUUUGCACGGAUUUGGUGGAGAGUCCGUGUACAGCACAGACCGUUUUCUUUCACUGCUAACCAAUACGCGGAAGUACAACACACAUCACACAUACCCUCCUUUCGACAGCAGAUUACGCGCACCACCAACACCAGGCUCUUCAGCGAUCGACUCAAAUUCCCUUCAGUUAGAAACCAAGUCCUGUGCUUCAUCUAUGGAUCGAUCUUAGUGUAUUGGAUUGCAGCGAGGGAGACUAAUGUUGAGACCUACGUAUGGUCGACCCGGCUCCAAGACUCUGGCAUGGCGUGGAAGUUCAGGGCGCCGACCAAUGACGAGAUGAGGAGAGCGCGGUAUUAUCAGUUCGGCAAGAGCUUGCAAGCAGGGUUGGCGUCCCUCAACACCAUAGUGAAGGAGUGGCCGCAGACGAUUAAAGGCAUUGUCACUUGGGCAUACGUGCAGGUCGCGCAGCCAAUACUCGACACCUCUGAGGGGAGGCGGGUGUGCUGGGGCAUCGGGGCUGCGAAUACACUCGUAUGGUUGGCAUGGCAGAUGCCCCGGAUGCAGCCCCUCUUGACGAGGAGCUUUGUGCACAACCCGAUGUCCGGGCUGUCGUACACCCUGUUUACUAGCAUCUUCAGUCACAAGAGUAUUAUCCAUCUCUUUAUAAAUUCCAUGGCCCUCUCAGCUUUUGGGGCUGCCGUGAGCCAUUCUCUCGCCAAAAGGCAGACUGAGAAUCCGACAUAUUUGCGGGAAGCAACCGUGAGGUGGCACUUCCUCGCGUUCUUCAUCUCUGCCGGCGUGUUCUCAGGGCUAGUGUCGCACGUCGUCGCCAUGCGCUUCAUAUUUCCGCGUCUCGUCUCCCGUCUGUCUGCGUCUGCAAGCAAUACCGCACCUCCAGGCUCAUUGGCUUCUGCCUCUUCGUUCGCGUCUGCCGCGACAGCCAGGGCCGUGACGUCGGCGUCGACCACGGUCGCCUCAUCGCACGGUGCCUCUGGGGCCAUUUAUGCAACCCUUGCACUAACCGCGUUGGAAUAUCCUGACACAGAAAUUGCGAUGGCUAUACCUCCAACAUUCCCGUUACCAGUAACGUGGGGUGUGGGUGCUCUCGUAGCUGUUGAUAUAUUGGGCGUGCUGCGCGGGUGGAGGAGGUUUAACCAUUGGGCGCACCUGGGCGGUGUAGCUUUUGGAGCGCUGUACCAUGCGUAUGGCCCCCAAACGUGGGAGUAUUGUAGGCUCAUCACGCUUGGCCGCAUGCCGCGCUCGCUGUCGAAGCAGAAGGAGCAAUGA